AUGGCCUCAGAAGCAAUUCAGCGCCAGAUCGCUACCAAGUGGCAGGGCUCUUUCACCCGUCUCAAUCGUGAUCAGCCCGGUAUCUUGGGCCUUCUGUCUUUCAGCGAGGCAUGGAAGGUAGCAUCCGACUUCCUACAGCCCCGGGAUUUGACAGACCCUUCCAGUAAGAAAGAGUACAACGUGCAGCAAAUAAAAGUGGCUAUCGACAUUCUGAGCAAGUCAAAGAUGUUGCCCAUGUUACUGGAGAAUUUCCUUGGAAUUCAAUAUCCCUGCAGAGGGUAUGCUUCAUGGCAACAUACGAAGUGCAUUCCCCUCUCUGCUGAUUUAGAUAGUAGCUCACCUGUUUGUCUCAGGAGACAGAAGACUCCCAAUAUAUUGCUCGGCUUGGUUACCAAUACCCGAUUCCCAUAUGAUGACAACCUGACAUUGUCGCGCAAGGCUAGGGCACACCAUUCUCUCCGCAUAUACCCUUGCCUUCCAGACACACGUUUUCUCGGUCCUGCCCCGAUCAUUCUCGAAAGGAUUCAAAGAGCUUCGACAUCCCCGCCUCCCUGGGCACCACCUUCCUUGAACCCGACACAGCCCAUGCGUUACGAUCUACCCCUGUGGACCGCCUUCGAACACCUUGGUCUGCUGGACCGCUAUGAAUCUCUCAUCUCGAGUGUGUGUUACGAGCAUAUCGAAACCCAUAUACUGGAGACGUGCGCCGAGAAAUGGGGGACACCAAUGCUCAACCAGUUGCGAGAGUGGAUGACCAAUAAGAUUGUCCCAUGGAUGGUGAUGCCCUACGCAAGAGGUGCAAGGAGUGCUGAGGAAGCUAGAUCAAUGUUACAAGGCGUGGGCUCGAGAUUCGACUUCCAUGUGUGCAAGACAUUGGCAGAUCUACGUACCAAAGAGAUAUUUGAUAUUAUUGUCGACUAUCCUGACUCAUCAGGCGCUUUGCAAGAUCUCAAGGAGUGUCUUGCUCGCGUCGAUCAACGUGCUCCGCUAGUACAAACUCUGCGAAAAGCGAACAAGAAGCGACUGCUGCAUCCGGGUGCAGAUACGAAGGACAUAAUAACACAAUACGUGUCAAUUAUCCGAUGUCUACGUAUCGUCGACCCACCCGGCGUUUUACUUUUUAAAGUCGCAGAUCCUAUCCGCAAAUAUCUCAGAGAACGACCAGAUACCAUACGAUGUAUUGUGGCAAGUUUGGUCGGCGAUGACGAGAGUGGUGAUUCUUUGGUGGACGAGAACGAGCCUAUUCAACCGUUGCAGCAGCUGCAGGUAGAGGAUUUCACGGAUCCGAACUGGGAACCAGAACCCAUCGAUGCUGGCCCUGAUUUCCGCACCAACAAGCCGAGUGAUGUCAUCAGCACCCUUUACUGCUCGCGCAACGCGAUACCCGGCUCAAAACACGAUUCUCAAGAUCCGCUUUGGGGAGGCCGCUUUACAAAUAUGACCGACUCCAAGCGUACAGACCAACAUGUGCAGUCGCAGAAGCGGGUAUCUCUUCACCCAACUAUCAUCUCAAAGCAUUUCUGGCCGCCAUUACAAUCGAGCAAAUUCCACAUGCCUGGGCAAUUCAAGCAGAUCCAGGAUGACUACGCCAAAGAAUUCAUGGCAUUUAAACCAGAUAAGAGGCUUCGUUGGCUUCCCCAUCUGGGCACCAUCCAUCUCGAAAUCGAGCUCCAGGACCGAACAGUGCCUGCCGAUGUGCCUCCACUAGAGGCUGCUUUCAUUGAACUUUUCUCCGAAAGGGAUUUGUGGACUGUGGACGAGCUAAUCGCUCGGGUAGGGUCUGUUGAUCGAACAUCAGCCCUCAGAGCAUUGAUGACAUGGGCUGAAAUGGGCGUACUGAAAGAAGACGGGGACAAUCGGUAUAGACUACUAGAGGUCGCUGAGGACGGCUCCAGUUCUGGAUCAAGACCUGCACCGCCGAAGCCCGCUCAAAUCAUUGAGGAUGUGCCUGCCGUCUUGACUGUGCAACACCAGCAGGCUGAGCAGAUGAAGAUCUUCUGGAAGUUCAUUGAAGGCAUGCUCACCAAUCUUGGAACUUUAAGUCUGGAUCGGAUACAGACAAUGCUUAAAUUUGCACCCGGAUAUGACCGUACUAUUGAACAACUAGGGGCGUUCAUGGAAGCAGCGAGGAGAGAAGGACUUGUAAAUGUUAAGGACGGCAUGUGGAAAUUGAAUCGUCAAUAA